AUGUCCUCCGCCGACUUUAACCGCGGGGUGCCUGCGCCGAUCACGGUGGGGUUGCCAUCCCCCCCUGAUUGUACAUCAUUGGUUGUUCAAGUUAUAAUGUCUCGACACUCCCCCGCCUCGGCAGGCGGUAACCAAAACUUUGUCCCUGUAGAUUGGAAUGAUGACCCUCCCCGUUGGAGUUGCGCCAUGUGCCCUCGUACUUUUGAGCAAUCAGCCAGACUUUCUGCCCAUAUGUACAAAGUACAUCCUAAUCAAUGGAACGAAAUAAAAAGACAGCGUGAUGCCUCAUACCGUUUGCUAGCUCGCACCUACGUUCAAUGGACACUUGAUGAUCUCAAGCGUAUGGCUGCGUUAAAACGUGAGGCGUCAUCCCUAAAUAUACAUAAUACCAACCCAUACAUUGCUUCCUGCAUGGCAUGUACCAGCGACCAGGUAAGCUGUAGGCGACGUAGGAAGGACUAUAAAGACCUUCUGAAAUCGCUGGAGAGCUCCGCUCCCUGCCCUGGCUCUGAUGGCGUUCAGCCUUUAGCGACUUCUGAUACCCAUACCCGUGACCAUUCCCCAGCAAGGACCCCACCGGCUGCUCCAUUAGCCCCCGUAGUAAGGACAAGCUGUAUAUGGUCUGGUCCCGAGAUUAAAAUACUUACAUCUGCGCCACCUGGAACAACUGACGCUGACCUUGUCCCUCUCCUUCCCGGCCGCACCCUCAUUGCAAUACGUUCCAAGAGGAAGCGCCUUCCAAAGGUGGCUGCUUUCAUUGAUGUUUCUGAGUCUGUGCCCCUGGAACCUGGAACCCCAGGAUGA